AUGCUUGUUAUGUCCGCCCAUCAUAAUUUUAUAUCUGCAGUUGCAGUCUUCAUUGGCGGUGCUCAAGCUAUACCAGGUUGGAAUUUUGCUGUUUAUGGGUCAUUAGGGGAAGCAUAUACCAUCCGAAGAUAUCGGGGUAUCGUUUGGCAUCAAUUCCUACGUCGCGAUCUCAUCGGUUGGGCCUCAAUUAUGUCUUCAAACAUAUUUCGGAUUCCACAGACUUCCAAAUAUAACAAAUUCGCUAUGCUGUAUCUGGUGUUCUUCAUCUCUGCCUGUAUGCAUGCUAUGAUAUAUCUUCCCGCAAAAAUAAGGAUUUCAGGAUGUGGAAUCAGCCACAUAUUUCAAUGGUAUUCUCUAAGUCCAUGUGCUAUCAUCGCCGAAGAGAUUGCACAGAAGUUGGGAAAGAGAGUAUUGAGACAUCAUGGAUGGAGGACAGACUCGAAGUGGUGUUAUUGGUUUGGGUAUCUUUGGGUUUGGGGGUUCUUUUCUUGGAGCUUACCCAAGAGUGUGUUCCCAAAGGACGACUGCGUGUUUUGA